AGCUUCAUAGAGCGUGAGACGAUGAAGGCGAGCCGGGAGAACAGAGGAACGGCACGGAAUAUCAAGGACAAAGCCGAGGCCGGAGACAGGAGCAGCUUCUGGGAGCCCAGCGCACACUUCUCACCGGGCAAAGAGUCCUUCUACUUUGCCAGCCAUGACAUCAGCAUCCGGGAGUCGACGGACACGUACGGCGCCCUGAUCUGGCCGGGGGCAAUCGCUUUGUGUCAGUUCCUGGAGAACAACCAGCAGCAGGUGAACCUGAUGGACAAGGCAGUGCUGGAGAUCGGGGCCGGGACUGGUCUGCUGUCUGUGGUGGCCAGUCUGCUAGGUGCUUCGGUGACAGCGACAGACCUGCCUGACAUUUUGUCCAAUCUCUCCUACAACCUUCUCCGCAACACCAAGGGUCGCUGCCGCCACACGCCGAAGGUGGCCGCGCUGACCUGGGGUCAGGACCUGGAUGUGGACUUCCCUCACCCCAGGCACCGCUACGACUACGUGCUGGCGGCCGACGUCGUCUACCCACAUGAUUGUCUGGAGCAGCUGCUGGACACCAUGAGCCACUUCUGCAGAGCCGGGAGUGGAACGACGCUGCUGUGGGCCAACAAAGCCCGCUUUCCCUCCGAUCACAAGUUCUUAGAGCAAUUCAAGAGGCGAUUUAAUGCCACACUCCUGGCGGAGUUCCCUCAGCAGGAGGUGAGGAUAUUCAAGGGGACAGCCAGAGAGUGAAGCGAAUUUAUUCAGUUUAAUCGCUCAGAAGAGUCUCAAUAUCUCAAUGAGCUCAAACAUGAAAACGUCUUGCAUUGUGACUUUUUGUGACGCUCUUCACAAAUGUGAUGUCCAAACAAGGGGAGAUGAACAUGAAUGGACUUCUAAACGGUUGUAUUUAAGGAAUUAACUUUUAAACCUUGACUUUGUAUGGACUUGUAAACACGUGUCAAAACUUAAAACUAAUGUUAGAGGCUAAAAAUCUUAGAACGGGGUUAGCAUUAGCAUCCAAACAACAUGGUUUCUUCUUCUGUGUGUCACACUCUACAUGGAGUCCUUACUGCCACUCAGGUAAUGUAGUGAACUGCACCUGCAAGACACCUUCAGUUGCAGGGGUGGAGCCACUAGCAAAUAACAGCAAAGCUCCAGACUUGUACAUAAAUCCAGAAUAAAGAAAUGUAACGUGUAAAAUGUAACAAAAAUCCAGUAUAAAGAAAAAAGAUUUAAAUUAAAAUAGACAGAAAUAAAGUAAGGGCCGUGCUUCUAUGAAGUCAGUUG